GUUGAGGGAGUAGCAUCGAGGAGGACUCAUUGGGAAAAAACAAACCUUCAGAUUUCCACAGUGAUGCAUCUGUCCAAGGGGGAGUUCGUGUGGGUGGACACCGAGGCCGGCGUGCCCAUCGGAGCCCAGGUGAAGGUGACCGACACGGGACAGUUUCAGCUCAUCGACGACGAAGGAAAGGAACACAAGAUCACCAAGCGUAACGAGGGCGGUCUGCGGCCCAUGCACCCCACCUCGGUGCACGGCGUUGACGACAUGAUCCGGCUGGGGGACCUGAACGAGGCCGGUCUCCUCCGGAACCUCCUGAUACGACACAAAGACGGCCUCAUCUACACGUACACGGGCUCCAUCCUGGUGGCGGUGAACCCCUACCAGCUGCUGCCGCUCUACACGGCCGAUCACGUGCACCAAUACACGGACCGGCGGCUGGGCGAGCUACCGCCGCACGUCUUCGCCAUCGCAGACAGCUGCUUUUUCAAAAUGCGCCGCAACCGCAGGAACCAAUGCUGUGUCAUCAGUGGCGAAUCAGGGGCCGGCAAAACGGAGAGCACCAAACUGAUGCUGCAGUUUCUCGCGGCGGUGAGCGGCCAGCACUCCUGGAUUGAGCAUCAGAUUCUGGAGGCCAAUCCCAUCUUGGAAGCCUUCGGGAACGCCAAAACCAUCCGCAACGACAACUCCAGCCGCUUCGGCAAGUACAUCGACACCAACUUCACCAAAGGGGGCGCCAUCGAGGGGGCUCGCAUCGAGCAGUACCUGCUGGAGAAGUCCAGGGUGUGUCGCCAGGCACCCGAGGAAAGGAACUACCAUGUUUUCUACUACAUGCUGAUGGGAAUGCCAGCCGAGCAGAAAAAGAUCCUUUCGCUGGGGAACGCCGCCCAGUAUAACUACCUGACCAUGGGGAAGUGCACCACCUGCGAGGGUCGUGACGACAUUAAGGAAUACGCUCACUUCCGCUCGGCCCUCAAGAUCCUCAUGUUCAGCGAGAACGACACCUGGGAAAUCUGCAAGCUGCUCGCUGCCAUCCUGCACAUCGGGAAUGUCAACUUCGAAGGAACCAUCGUUAACAACCUGGAAGGCUGCGAAAUCCUGGACUCAUUGCAUUUUGACAUGGCCAGCCAACUUUUGGAGGUGGACCCUAAAGUUCUGGAGAAAAGCCUGAGUCAGCGUUCCUUCAUGACCAUCAGGGAGAGCGUGAGCAAAGUUCUGACCUCGACACAGGCCUUGGACGGCAGGGACGCGUUUGUCAAGGCUAUUUACGGCCGUCUUUUCAUUUGGGUGGUGGACAAAAUCAAUGCGGCCAUUCACAAGCCGCCGGGGGAGUCCGACGAGGUUAGGCAGUCCAUCGGCCUCCUCGACAUCUUCGGCUUCGAGAACUUCAGCACAAACAGUUUCGAGCAGCUGUGCAUCAACUACGCCAACGAGCAGCUGCAGCAGUUUUUCGUCAAGCACGUGUUCAAGCUGGAGCAGGAGGAGUACGCCCGGGAAAGCAUCGUGUGGGAGCGCAUCGACUACAAGGACAACCAAGAAACCUUGGACGUGCUCGCCAACAAGCCCCUCAACAUACUGGCCCUCGUAGACGAAGAAAGCAACUUCCCCAAGGGUACAGAUACCACCAUGCUCCAAAAAAUGAAUCAGGUCCAUGGGAAAAGGAACAUCUACAUUUCCCCAAAGAACAACUACGAGACUCAGUUUGGAGUCAAUCAUUUCGCAGGCGUCGUCUACUACGACUCCAAAGGUUUCCUGGAGAAAAACCGUGACGCCCUGAGCCCAGACCUCAUCCAGUUGGUGGAGACGUCCAGCAACAAGCUGCUCAAGAUGGUCUUCCACAACGAGAUGUCCUCCAGCAACACCAGCACCAAGAACACAUCCAACCCCAGGGUGGUCAUCAACGCACCCAAGAACACACUAAGGCAAGCCAACGACAGCAAGAAGCAGGUUCCCACGCUCAGUGGCCAAUUCCGUCAAUCCCUGGACUCCCUGAUGAAAACUCUGAUGGCGUGUCAGCCAUAUUUCAUCCGCUGCAUCAAACCCAACGACUACAAGAAGCCGAUGGUCAGCACAACACAACACAACACAACACAACACAAUACAAUACACAACAACCGCACAAGAACCUUCUCGCAUUUGAUUUGUGUGUGUAUUUUUGUGUGUGUGUAUAUUCAGCUGUUUGACAGAGAGCUGUGCCUGCGUCAGCUGCGUUACUCAGGCAUGAUGGAGACCAUCAGGAUCCGCAAAGCCGGCUAUCCUGUACGCUACACGUUUGAUGAGUUCCUGGACCGCUACAGGGUUCUUCUCAAGACCUACAUCUGUGACCCACGAAAGGAAAGCAAAGAGAAAUGCUGCGAAAGUAUCUGUGAGUCCGUGCUGGCUGGAGAGGGCGACUGGAAGACAGGAAAGACAAAGAUCUUCCUGAAGGACUUCCACGACACCAUGCUGGAAGUGGAGCGGAUGAAGGAACUGCACACCAAGGCACUUUUGAUCCAGAAGGUUCUACGAGGCUACAAAUACAGGAAACAGUUCCUGAAGAAAAAAGCAGCUGCUCUUGUCAUUCAGAAGCACUGGCGAGGACACAAAGGGAGACAAGUGUACCGGGUGGUCCAGAAGGGCUUUGCCAGGCUGCAGGCGCAGAUUCGGUCGCGCCAGAUGCACCUACAGUACAAGAAGAAGCGGCAGGCGGCCAUCUUGCUACAGGCACAGGCGAGGGGCUACGUGGCCCGCAAGGACUGGAAGCGCAAGAGGGACGCAGUGGUCCUCCUGCAGGCGCACACCAGAGGCCUGCUGGCCAGGAGGGCUCUCAAGAACAUGAAGAGAAACAUGUAUCUGUCCGCCAAAGAGAAAGAAGCCGAGCGUCAGGUCAUUCUGGAGCGCCAGAAGCAUCUUGAGGACGUGCUGAGGCAGAAGAAGGAGAUGGAGGCCCAAGCCCAGUCUGAGUCCAUCAUGGACCAGCAGAUGGACGACAUCUUUGGCUUCCUGCCUGUCAUGGUGGGGGGUCAAGAGGGGCAGGCGCCUGAAGGGUUCGAGACUUUGGAGAGCAAGCGGGUUCUCCUGGAGGAGAUCGACAUUGACAGUAUCUCCAUUCAAGAUGAAGACCUGCAUGAAGAGGACCAGGACGACCUGGACGAGUACCCCUUCUCCAAGUUGGCGUCUAUGUACUUCCAGGGCGGUGCGUCGCCUUCGCACAUCCGCCAGAGGCUGAGACGGCCGCUGCUCUACCACGAGGACGAGGGAGACGUCUUGGCCUCGUUGACAGUCUGGUGGAUCAUCCUGAGGUUCAUGGGAGAUCUUCCCGAGCCCAAGAACCAGUUCCAGGUCCAGGGAAGUUCCUCGCAAGAACGUGUUCUCAUCCAGGACGUCAUCAACAGAAAGGACAGACGUCUGAGCCACUUGGUCGGGCUGGAUCAGCGUGUACUCCGGAACAAAAAGGGCCCACAGCCUUCUCCUGUCCAGGAGGAGUCCACUCCCAACAGAAAGGUCUCCAUCUUCACAGAUCUCCUGUCUAGAAACAAGAGGGCUGCUCCGGGCGAGGCACCCCCAAACGCCAAGAUCUACACCGUCCCUGAAGGGAGCCCUCGGACUAGGAAGGGCUCCACCUUCACAGACCUGCUGUCCCGGAGUCGGAAAAACUCUAACAUUCAGGAAAAUGGAAUCCCCAAAUCCUCAUCCAGCUUCCGAAAACCCUCCAUUAUCAUGGAAGAGUCUGAAGAUCAGCCGGACGUGUCCAAGGCUCCCACCCUAGAGACGGUGAAGGAAGACAGUGGCGACGUCCUGAUCGGUGAGGGUCCCACCCUGGACCGGCCGUUGACGUCUCUGGAGAAGCUGCACAUCAUCGUGGGCUAUGCCAUAGUCCGACGCGACCUCAGGGAUGAGAUCUACUGCCAGAUCUGCAAGCAGUUGCAGGACAACAACAACCGCAAUAGCUACUUCCGAGGAUGGAUCCUGCUCUCACUCUGUCUGGGUGUCUUCGCGCCGAGUGAACAGAUUCUAAGGUACAUCCAAAGUUUCAUCCGCUCCGCUCCGAGUGGCUAUGCCUCCUAUUGUGCAGAGAGGCUGCGUCGCACCCUCACCAACGGUGUGCGGAGGGAGCCCCCUGCCUGGCUCGAGCUCCAGGCAACCAAGACGAAGAAGCCAAUGGUGGUGUCUGUCACGCUCAUGGACGGACGCUUGGUCAACCUUCCCGUGGAUUCGGCGUCCACAUCCAAGGAGAUCUGCCAGCUCCUCGCCAACAAAGUCAAACUGAAAGACACGUUUGGCUUUUCCCUCUACGUGGCUCUGUAUGAAAAGGUGUGGGCCAUGGGCGGCGGCCGUGAGCACGUGAUGGAUGCCAUCUCCCAGUGCGAGCAGGAGGUGAAGCGGCGCGGCGGGCAGGAGCAGCAUGCACCCUGGCGCCUAUUCUUCCGCAAGGAAAUCUUCACGCCCUGGCACGACUGCUCCGAGGACAAGACUAGCACGGAGCUCAUCUACCUGCAGGUCGUCCAUGGCCUGAAGUUCGGCGAGUACCAAGCGGAGAAGGAAGAUGAUUGUGUCCACCUCGCUGCCAAGCAUCUCUAUAUCAAGCACGGCUCAGAUAACAGCAGCGUGGCGGUGAAGGAGGCGGUGCAGGGCUGCAUCAGCAACUCCCUGCUGGAGGCCAAGUCUGAAGCCAAAUGGGUUCAAAUGGUUAGCACGGCCCAUGCUCAGGGUUCCUACCUAAGUUCCCUGCAAAAAGUGGAUUCGGUGAAAGCGGAGAUAGUGGACUACGCCCGUGAAAAGUGGCCCAUCUUCUUCUCCAGGUUCUUUGAGUUGGUGAAAGUGUCAGGUCCUCCACUGUCAAAGAAUAAGUUAAUCGUGGCUGUGAACUGGACUGGCCUCACCUUCCUGGAUGAGCGAGAAAAGAGGCUCCUGGAACUCUCUUUCUCAGAAGUCACUGGCGUUAACUGCACAAGAGAUCCUAAAGGCCCAACGGUGUCUUUGCUGACUCUGAAGGGAGACUUCAUGCUGAGCGGAUCCAUGGCCGAGGACAUGGCCGAGCUAGUCACCAUGUUCCUCAGCGGACUGACGGAGCGCUCGCAAUAUGCUGUGACCUUGAAGGAGAUGGAUAAGCAAGACGACCCAACGUUCCUCAGUUUCAAGAAGGGCGAGCUCAUCAUCAUACUCCAAGACAAUGAGUUCUCGCAGCAGCGUGGCUGGAUAAAAGGGAAAAAUGACCGUACGGGGAAAACGGGGGCCGUUCCCAUGGAGGCCAUCUUAAUCCUGCCGACGCUUAGCAAACCCACAAAUGAAGUCAUGAGCCUGCUCAACCUGUCCCCCAACCAGCGGAAGACCAUACUAGCCAACCAAAAAGACACUGACACAGUUGAGAGAAUAGCACCAGUUACCCUGAGGGAGUUCUCACUCGAGUACUUCAGGCAGCCCGCAAAGGAUUUGAACCGGCAGGUGAUGUCACGAAAUGCUGCCCCUGAGAGGCUGUGGUUGAACUCACGUGAGCCCAUCAGACAGCCUCUUCUUAAGAAGCUGGUGGGCAACUCGGAGCUGAGCCAUAACGCCUGUCUGGCCUUCACCGCCAUCCUAAAGUAUAUGGGCGAUUACCCAACCAAGCAGAUGCAAAGUCCCCUCGAACUCACCGACCAAAUCUUUGGGCCUGCCACGGAAAAAGAGAUCCUCAGAGACGAGAUAUACUGCCAGAUUAUGAAGCAAAUGAGCAGCAAUAACAACCGGUUCAGCUUGGAGCAGGGGUGGCAGCUGCUGUGGUUGUGCUGUGGCCUCUUCCCUCCCAGUCAGUCACUUCUGAAGCAUGCCCAGCGGUUCCUGGAGUCACGGCGCCGAGAGCCACUGGCCUCUGACUGCCUGCAACGACUGCAGAGCUCUUUGAGGAUGGAGCCCAGGAAGCUUCCGCCACACCAGGUGGAAGUGGAUGCUAUCCAGCAGAACAGCACACAGAUCUUCCACAAAGUCCACUUCCCCAAUGACACGGGGGAGAUCUUCGAGGUGGCGACCAGCACCAAGAUCGGGGAUCUCAUCAGGAACAUUUCCAACAAGCUGCAACUGACUACAGCCGAUGGCUUCAGCAUUUUCAUUAAGACGCAAGACAAGGUCCUCAGUCUGAAUGACAGCGACUACUUCUUUGACAGUCUGAGGCAGAUCACAGACUGGUCCAGAAAGACCAAACGCAUUAAAGAUGGUGGUCAGGUCAGCAUGCCCUACCUGGUCUUCUUCAUGAGAAAGCUGUGGUUCAACGUGAUCCCUGGCAGAGACCUGGAGGCAGACCUAAUCUUCCACUUCCCACAGGAAGUCCCCAAGUACCUGAGGGGCUACCACGUGUGCACCAAGGACGACACGGUCCAAAUCGCCUCCCUGCUCUUCCGCAUUAAAGUCGGUAACGACAAGAGUCAAUUUGUGACCAUCCCCAAGAUGCUGAAGGAAUUGAUACCCGGUGACCAGCUCAAGACCAUGUCUGAAAACGAGUGGAAGAAGAGCAUCGUGGCAUCUUUCAACAAACAAGCGGGAAUGACUGUGGAGGAAGCAAAGGUGGCGUUCCUGAAGGCGGUUUGUCGCUGGCAAACGUUCGGCUGCGCUUUCUUUGAAGUGAAGCAAACAUCCGAGCAAACUUUUCCGGACAUUGUGCGGAUUGCCAUCAGCAAGCAAGGACUCACCAUCAUACACCCCAAAACCAAGGAAGUGUUGGCGAACCACCCGUUUAAUCGCAUUGCCAGCUGGUGCAGUGGGAGCACGUAUUUCCACAUGACCAUUGGCAGCUUGGUGAAGGGCAGCAAAUUCCUGUGCGAAACGUCGUUGGGCUACAAGAUGGACGACCUCAUCACCUCCUACGUCAACAUGUACAUGCAAGAGAGGAGGCCGGUGCAGAGCAGGAACCAGCGCUUCAAUUGACGCCUGCACGUCCAGCUCGACUUGACUCAUCACCGCGUAUGGAGACAAAUGAUUCUCAAAAAUAAAUAUGUACUUUACCUACGAGCUAUUGCAUGUGCCAAGGCAUCACAAGCAUAUGCUAUAAAUAACUGAAAUAUGAUGUGAUAGUCUGUGAAUGUUUCGCAACUCUACUGCAGGAAGUGCUGGAAUAGAUAGUAAGUAUUUAUUCAAGUCCCUUGAAUAACGUUCAUUACUUUGCUUGAGCUGAUUCGAUUCCUGACAAAUAAACGUUCAUUUUGCGCACAAAGGUUAAAUGUUUUCCUCCGUAUUUAUCAUCUAACUGCCCCAGAAGCUUUCGGGUUCUGCAUUUCCGUCAUUUUCAGGUCACGUGAGAUCAAUUUUUAAAACCUUAACCCCUCAUACAAACCUUCACCCCUCAUACAAUUGCGAGUGCCGUUUAUGAAGAACACUGAUGAGGACGAAAGGUACGCAACAGGCUGACUUUUACAGGUAAUAACAUCUUUUAUGCAGCGCUAUAGUAGAAUACCUGGCAUUUUCCACCUGGUACCUUGUACAGAGAAACAUCUGACAAUGACAUAGCUGAGUCACCCUGCACCUCUUAUGGCUAACGAAAGGCAAGAAGCUAGUUAUUCUCAACUGGGUCGGGAUCCAUUAUGGGUGCGUCGUGGACAGGAAGUAAAACGUCCCCGGUUUACGACGGUACGGACAUAUAGGAUUUUGAGGUUACGAACGGCGCACAAGGAACUAGUUUGCACAGCGGUGUAAGAGUACGUGGCCACAAGGCAUGCUUAGUUAGCGACAUAAGCACUGUUUUGCAUUUGAUUGUUUUAUAUUCAUGCCUCUCCCAAAUUCCUAGGGCACAAUUUGAG